GCAGAGAACAUUGUAAGGGACCUGAAAGAAAGCACUUUAAAAGAGAAUGCAGAUUUGAAUUGGAAGUACGAAUGCGGACACGCUGGGACGUCUGUGCUUCCUGAGGAGUGGUGGAAAAUCAAGGAGAAAAGAAUUCUCAAGGUUCGAGGGGCUCUAGUUGUUUUUUGGACACCAUAGACUUCGGAGCAGACCGGCAAGUGCCACCCUGUUACUGGGAUUGUCGCCUGACAAUUUUAGGCCAGACAACCAGUUCUGGAACAACAACUGCAUGGACCUUCUUAAAAUCUGUGACUCCAAUCAAAUCUGACUUUAGUCUAGCCAAAGGGAUUUUAGCUCACAGGCUCAUGGAAAUGUGAGUCUAAAGAUAGGAGCCACUGUCUGCUACGUCUUUUACAUACUCGAGGAGUCAGACUGUGGGGCUGUGGGGAAUCCUGGAGGUUUAUGUUCCUGGACAUCUCCACCACAAGAACAAGAGUGAAGAAAGAGGCUCCUCUGGAAUCCCUGGAAUUGGACCCUUCUCAUUUUACCUGGAUACUUGGACCUAUUAGUUCUUAAUCACUGAACUGUUGAACUCAAGUGCUGCGAUCAAACACUAUCUGAAACGAUAUCCUAGCCUAGGAAUUCUCUCACACACCUGGCCUAGGGUUGGUGUAUUAGGACGGGUGUGUUUGUACAUGUACAGUUAUGGGUAAAGUUAGGAGCAAGACACUAACUGGAAGAGGCAGUUAAUCGUUAAGGUGUAGUUCUGAGUCAGGUGGGAAGUUAGUGUGUGGUUCGUGUUCAUGCGUGUGAGUGUGACUGAGUGAGGGUGCAGAUGUCAAAAAGAGUGUGUCUGAAUGUGGGCAUGUAUCAGGAAACGUGUGUUUUAUUGUGUGUAGAGAAUCCCCCGAAUUAGACAUGAUUGUAGGCAGGUUUUCGUGCAGGCAGAGAUAACAUCUGCGGGAGAGGAAUAAAGUCUGAGACAGAGAGAGACGGGCAGAUAGAACAGUCUUUUUCGAUUUUUUAUUUUGUUCCAAUCUGAUUGUAGCCUCGCUUCCCUACCCUGAUCACUUCAGACUAGGCCAUAAAUAAAGAGGAAGCGCUCGACUGAGCCUAAAGGAGAGGGAAAAUUAAAAUCCUCCAUCUGAUUCCUUCUGUUUUUUGAUGUUAGUAGCACCAGCCAGGAUUUCGCUAAGCUCUGCAGCUUGGAUAAGGCCCUCAUCAAAUGAUAUUAAAGCAUUACAACUAUAGACUUUUGUGGUCCUGCUGAUCCAACCUUUUUUAAAGUCAGGCGCCUUACUUGGAGCAGUAACCAAGGGUUUGGACGAUCGUCAUUUUUCCACCGUCUCAGACCGGAACUCAACCAUUCCCAAGAGGAGCAAGUUCACCACCUGACACAGCAACUCCAUGGCGCCUUGUUCCUGACGACGCAUGCUUCACUCUAAAACAUCACCUGCCUGGCUGAAUUAGGAAUCACCACGUCAGAGAGUGUUGGAACGAGGUGUAACUGAGACAACAACUCCCUUUAUAUCCAGUUUACGCUGAUGUUCUGGAGCGAUAACACUGAUCAGUAAAGCUUGAUGGUUGGCAUUCUGCUCAGGGGGGUGCUCUAGGCAGCAGACGGCGUCUCCAUGAGGAGCAGUAGAAGAUGCCGGAACUGCCAGCAGUGCUGCUGUCGAUUCACGUCCACUUCCUGCUAGUUACUGUUCUUAACAUGCCGCCUUGUUCUCUCAGCCAGACCCCUCUCCUGUCAUCUGUGCGAAUGGCGGCGAUUUUGGAUGACCGCUCUGCCUGUGGCCGUGGAGAGCGGUUGGCUCUAGCUUUAGCACGGGAGAACAUCAACAGCGUGCUGGAGGGACCGGCUCGUGCUCGCGUCGACGUAGAAGUCUUCGAGCUCCAGAAAGACUCUCAGUACGAAACCACAGACACCAUGUGCCAGAUUCUGCCUAAGGGUGUGGUUGCUGUGAUUGGCCCCACCUCCAGUCCUGCCUCGGGUUCUACUGUCAGUCACAUCUGUGGGGAAAAGGAGAUCCCUCAUGUGAAGAUCGGUCCUGAGGAGACUCCACGGCUGCCUUACCUGCGUUUCGCGUCCGUCACAUUGUAUCCUAGCAACGAGGAUCUGAGCUUGGCCGUGGGCGCCAUCCUACGCUCUUUCAGCUACCCAUCAGCCAGUCUGGUCUGUGCCAAGGCCGAGUGUCUGCUGAGAUUGGAGGAGCUGGUGCGACGUUUUCUUAUCUCUAGGGAAACGCUGUCUGUCAGAAUGCUGGAUGAUGACCUCGAUCCUACGUCUUUACUCAAAGAGAUCCGUGAUGAUAAAAUAGCUACGAUCAUCAUCGAUGCUAAUGCUUCUGUGUCAUACCUGAUCCUGAAAAAGGCGUCUGAGUUGGGGAUGACGUCAGCAUUUUACAAGUACAUUCUUACCACUAUGGACUUUCCUUUGCUGUGGUUGGAUGAUGUGGUUGAUGAACACUCCAACAUCGUUGGCUUCUCUAUGUUCAACACCACUCAUCCAUUUUACCUGGAAUUUAUCCGGAGCCUCAACCUGUCGUGGAGAGAAGGCUGUGACCUUAACCCAUACCCAGGACCAGCGCUGUCUUCAGCUUUGCUGUUCGAUGCCGUCCAUGUGGUGGCGAGCGCUGUCCAGGAGCUGAACAGAAGUCAGGAAAUUGGAGUGAAACCUUUAAGUUGCUCCUCCCCACAGAUCUGGCAACAUGGGACCAGCCUCAUGAACUACCUGCGCAUGGUGGAGUAUGAUGGUUUAACAGGCCGUGUUGAGUUUAACAGCAAAGGUCAGAGAACCAACUACACCCUGCAUAUCCUGGAGAAACAUAAAUCAGGCCACAAACAGAUUGGUAUUUGGUAUUCGAACAACACCCUGGUUAUGAACUCCACCAGUCUGGACAUCAAUGUCUCCGAAACUUUGGCCAACAAGACCCUCAUUGUCACCACCAUACUGGAAAACCCGUAUGUUAUGAGGAAAGCAAAUUACCAGGAACUAGAAGGGAAUGAGCAGUAUGAAGGCUUCUGUGUGGACAUGCUGAAGGAAUUGUCAGACAUUCUGAAGUUCACCUUUCGAAUCAAACUGGUAGAUGACGGUCUGUACGGAGCUCCAGAGCCCAACGGUUCCUGGACUGGCAUGGUCGGGGAACUUAUCAAUAGAAAGGCAGAUUUAGCUGUAGCUGCUUUCACCAUCACCUCUGAGCGGGAGAAAGUCAUCGAUUUCUCCAAACCUUUCAUGACCCUGGGCAUCAGUAUUCUUUACCGAGUUCAUAUAGGGCGAAAGCCAGGCUAUUUCUCAUUCCUAGAUCCUUUCUCUCCAGCCGUUUGGCUUUUCAUGCUGUUGGCUUACCUGGCUGUCAGCUGCGUGCUGUUCCUCGCUGCCCGGCUAAGCCCCUAUGAGUGGUAUAACCCUCACCCGUGCUUGCGCGAACGCCGGGACCUGCUGGAGAACCAGUACACUCUGGGGAACAGUCUGUGGUUUCCAGUGGGAGGCUUCAUGCAGCAGGGCUCAGAAAUCAUGCCUAAAGCUCUGUCUACACGCUGUGUUAGCGGAGUCUGGUGGGCAUUCACUCUGAUUAUCAUCUCCUCGUACACUGCCAAUCUGGCUGCAUUCCUGACAGUGCAGAGGAUGGAGGUCCCUAUCGAGUCACCCGAUGACCUGGCAGACCAAACCAACAUUCAGUAUGGCACCAUACAUGGUGGGAGUACCAUGACCUUCUUCAUGAACUCACGUUAUCAGACAUAUCAGCGGAUGUGGAACUACAUGUACUCCAAGCAGCCCAGUGUGUUCGUGAAAAGCACGGAGGAAGGCAUUGCCCGUGUCCUGAAUUCCAAAUACGCCUUUCUGCUGGAGAGCACUAUGAAUGAGUACCAUCGCAGUCUCAACUGCAAUCUCACACAGAUCGGGGGCCUCCUGGAUACCAAGGGCUACGGCAUUGGCAUGCCUCUGGGCUCUCCCUUUAGAGAUGAGAUCAGUCUGGCUGUUCUACAGCUGCAGGAGAAUAACAGGCUGGAGAUUUUGAAGCGAAGGUGGUGGGAAGGAGGGCAGUGCCCCAAAGAAGAGGAUCACAGAGCUAAAGGUCUGGGAAUGGAGAAUAUUGGUGGGAUCUUUGUGGUAUUGAUCUGUGGAUUGAUCAUCUCAGUGUUUGUGGCGGUGAUGGAGUUCGUGUGGUCCACACGGCGCUCUGCUGAAACAGACGAGGUGUCUGUGUGCCAGGAGAUGUUGACCGAGUUUCGGAAUGCCGUGUCAUGUAAGAAGAGCUCUCGUUUGCGUCGCCGCCGGCCUCUAUCGAGCUCUUUAGCCCUGCGCCACCCGGCUCGCCUCAGCCUGGGGGCCUCACGUCCUCUACGCCUCGUCCGAGAGAUGCGCCUCAGCAAUGGCAAGCUCUACAGUGGUGCCGGGCCUUUAACAGGAGGCGCUGGAGGUGCAGGAGGUCCCUCAGAGCUUGGUCCUGGACCUCAGCGUCUUUUAGAGGAGCCACUGGGGGCCAAGAGCACACCCGCAGGGCCUCUGGGCCCCCCUGCAGUGACUGUGCCUCUGCCACGAGGCUGCACUCAUGUAAGAAUUUGCCAGGAGUGCCGGCGCAUACAGAGCUUACGUACAACCUCGUGCUCGCGGAUCCCUCCAUCCUCAGCACCGCUGCCUCGCCUAGCUCCGCCCCCACCGCGCUCCUCCUCCAACACAGACAGCGAGGGGGGUGGUGGCCCUAGCCCACGCCGAAGAGGCCACUCCCCUCCUCCGAGAGCCUGUGCACUCCCGCCCCCUCAGAGCACUGCAAAUACAGACCUACUGGGAGGCCAGGACUGAGAGAAAGAGAGGGAGAGAGACAGAGACAGAGGGAGGAGAUCAAGAACGGACAGAUUAAUGGACGUACUGUUCUGCAAGGACAAUUCAACAUGUGAAUCAGGAUGACAAAAUGUAGAAGAGGGACUUGAAUGUUUCAACCGGAGUCUGGUCCUCCCACUUCCUCCUCUGUGUUUUGUCAUGUCCGGAUUUGGUAUUUUAGAUGUGUGGAAAUCACUAUAGACAUAUCACAUAGAGAGAGAAAGAAAAUGGUGGUCUCUUUUCAUACUGCAGUGACACUGGAAGCUGAGGAUGAAUGAGUAAUGCAGUGAUAUUUCACCUCCCCCUGAACAGCAGCGCCCUGGCACAAAGACUCCCUCGAGCUGAACUUUCUGGCUUCUCCUAAAUGAGAGCACACACCAUAAAAGAGGAUGUUUAAUCUAUGUUAAAUGUACUACAAUCUAAAAAAAAAAUAUAUGAUGGGACACUCCAAAUAGACUGAUCCAUUCUCACAGUUUUUUUUUCUUUAUUAGGUUUAUUAUUAUUAUUAUUAUUAUUAUUAUUAUUAUUAUCAAUGUUGUUAUUUUUAUUUACUGUCUACCUUGUUUAAUUCCCCAAGCUUACUUUUGCCAGGUUCAAAAUGCAAAGUUAAAGAGCUACAGGUGUUUUAUAAAUUAUGGACCAUUAUUAAGUGCGGAUUAAUUGUAUGUUAAGGCCUGAAUACACUCAGGAGACAUGCCGAGCUAUUCCUUUGUUAUUGUUGCAACAGCAUACUGAAGAUUAUGCACAAGGGUCGACAAUUCAAUUUGAAAGGGAUGCAAAGGUAAACACGAAUUUACUCUGUUUAUCAGCACAGUAGUGUCAGUAGGUAUGUCUUACGGUUCUGGUAGAGCAGCGUGAUUAUUCAGUUAAUCGUUUUUCUGUCUGUUUUAUACUUGAAGUGAUAGUUACCAUGUUCACCUCAACUGGAGUGAAUUGUCUUUAUUUUCUUAGAGUGUUUGUGGGGAUUCAUGAUGCAGGUUUUUGCCAAAUGUGCAUUAAGUUUGGAGUUGUUUCUUAAUUUGAUCACCUCUGCCUCUUCCUUUUGACCUUAUGUGAUCUUAUUACAAGAUUGUUUUGCUCUCUUUUCCCUUCUUAAUGCCUUUCUUAAUUUACAUGAUCUUGCUACAGUAUAAACCCACCCUUUUAACCUCCUAAGAGGGGCGAGCGACCUGCUAACGAGAGCAGAAAUAUUUCUUAACCAAGAAAACUUCAUGCCAGCAUCUAAACCUUAUUUUAAACACAGUGGUACAGUAGUGUAAAACAUGUCAUAAUUAUGGCUUUAUAUGACAUAAUAUUGGGGUGAAAUGUAUUACAUUUCUCACUAGGUGUUAUAGAAUGAGACAGGAUGUGAGCUUAGUGUAUUCAGGCCUUUAAAAAAUAAAAAUGACCAGCUACCAUAAAGGGGUGAUUCUGUAAAUAUACAGUUACUGACUGUAGUCUCAACCACAGGAUCGCUGACAUGGCAUGUGGCUUGUUAGUGUGUAUUAUGUGGUCUAAUUAUCUACACUAAGUAAUUUUAUAUGUACUAAUUGCCCUAUAUGGUGCAUCUACCUGACAAAUUCAUGUAGAUAUAAACAAACUACCUGGUGACACAGUGUAUUGGACCGACAUGGUAUAAGCAGGAAAAAUGGGUAGACAUGAUCGAUAGUCAUAGCUGUUCAGCUGGUUGUCAAAUCUCCUACUGCCAGAUGGUGGCGUUUCAACUAAAAAAGUAGUUGCCUCAGCUUAUAUAACGUAAUCUUUACAGAUAUGCAUAUAUUUUCCCCUGACAUAACAGGACAUUGAAUUUAACACUUGUAAGAGUUAAUGGCAGGUUAAGGCUAGUCCAGAAACCAUACAUUCCUAAAGAGAUCCAAGGGGAAUCGAACCAUUCUAUGUUUUAAAUUUCUCUGCUCUAUGUUCUUUUUUCAAAUUUCUACUACUGUGCAAUGGUUUAUCAAACGAUGGUCAUGAAUAUUAAUACGAUUAUAUUGUUGUUAUUAUAAGUACUUCUACUGAAGUGGAGGAGUCUUUUGGGUUGUAUAUGAGUGUAGGGAUGAGGGUCUGCUACCGAGUGACCACCUGAUGUUAAA